AUGGAACCAGAUGCUACAGAUAGCGUCGACUACCCUAUGAAAGAUCUGGAUGCGCCAAAUGGACCCAGUCAGACUCACAACAACAGUAUCGAUGAUGAUGAUACAGCUUCCGAGGACCCUUAUGAGGCGGAUGUUGACCCUGAACCUCAGGACAUCGCUCUCGAUCAGAUGAGACGAAGGGGAUUAUUACCCACAGGAUGUUGUUACGAUGAUAGAAUGAAGCUACACAUGAACGCUGACUUCUCGCCUAAUACGCAUCACCCAGAAGAUCCUCGUCGCAUCCACGAGAUUUUCAAGGCUUUCAAAAAGGUUGGCCUAGUCUACACUGGGCCUGAAGGAGAGCUGCCGAAAAUUAUGAGAGAAUGUCCGACACGCUACAUGUGGCGCAUCCCUGCUCGUCCUGCCACUCGAGAGGAGAUUUGUCUCGCCCAUGCCGCUGAGCACUUCGAUUGGGUAAAGCAUCUGGAUGAUAUGAGCACCUCAGAGCUUCGAGAAUUGACAAAACGGUAUGACCAAGGAAGAGAGUCUCUGUACGUUGGUAGUAUGUCGUAUACAGCUGCACUGCUCUCAGCGGGAGGAGCCAUCGAAACCUGCAAGAAUGUUGUGACCGGACAAGUCAAGAACGCAUUCGCUGUGAUUCGACCACCAGGACACCACGCCGAGUGGGAUUCGCCCAUGGGUUUUUGCUUUUUCAACAAUGUCCCUGUAGCAGUUAGAGUCUGCCAACAGGAGUACCCAGAUCUCUGCCGCAAAGUUCUUAUCCUGGAUUGGGAUGUUCAUCACGGCAACGGCGUGCAAAACAUCUUCUACAACGAUCCAAAUGUUCUAUACGUCUCUCUCCAUGUCUACCAGAACGGUAUAUUUUAUCCUGGUAAACCUCCCAACGCCAUGACACCGGAUGGAGGCAUCGAGCACUGCGGGAGCGAAGCAGGUCUUGGCAAGAACAUCAACAUCGGAUGGCAUGAUCAAGGCAUGGGUGACGGAGAAUACAUGGCUGCAUUUCAGAAAAUCAUCAUGCCUAUCGCCAAGGAGUUUAACCCUGACCUUGUGGUUAUCUCUGCAGGGUUUGAUGCUGCCGACGGCGAUGAGCUCGGAGGGUGCUUUGUCUCUCCCGCUUGCUAUGCUCACAUGACGCAUAUGCUGAUGUCCUUGGCGGAUGGCAAGGUUGCUGUGUGUCUGGAGGGUGGCUACAACCUGAAGGCCAUCUCGGUGUCUGCUGUAGCUGUUGCUAAGACUCUCAUGGGCGAACCUCCACCCAGGUUAGAGCUGCCCAAGAUCAACAAAGAAGCGACACGAAUCCUUGCCAAAGUUCAAUCAUUGCAAGCUCCGUAUUGGGAAUGUAUGCGGCCGGGGGUUGUCAAUGUUCCCGAGGUCCAGUCACUGAAUUCUGCUCGUUUACACGAUGUGAUUAGAAACGCUCAGAGGCACGUAUUGCAAGCAAAGCACAACAUGAUACCUCUAUACAUCCAACGCGAGAAAUUGUACAAGUCGUAUGAGAACCAGGUGCUAGUUACGCCGGGCAUUUCCGAAGCAAAGAAAGUUCUCAUCAUUAUUCACGACCCUCCUCAGCUUUUGGCGCAAGCAGACGCAAUAGAUUCGUCUCUCGACCCGCACAACGCAUGGGUUGUUGAUGGUGUGACAGACUACAUAGACUGGGCCGUUGACCAAAAGUUCGGUGUCAUGGACAUCAAUAUUCCAGCUUAUGUCACCCAUGACGAGGUAUUCACUCAUUUCUACAGACCACCUGAGUUGUAUUUCUCACAUGAUAAACAGGAUUCCGAUGCGCAUAUUCCCAAUUUUAAGGAGCAAGCUUUGACAGAACAAAUACAAACUCUUGUUUGCUACCUGUGGGAUAAUCACAUGCAGCUUUACGAAGCUGAUGACAUCUUCAUCAUGGGUGUCGGAAACGCCUAUCUUGGAGUCAAGGUCCUCCUGAUCCAACGAGAUUGCAAAUCAAGAAUAUCGGGUGUUGUAAACUUUGCCAACGGAACUCUUCGACCUGUCAAGUCGGAAUUCGAUACGGAGUUGUCCUCGUGGUACAAGGACAACUCGCGUGUCUUUAUCGCGGGGGAUCAUGCCUGCUGGGCCGAUGCCAGCUUGACGAAAAAGGUCAACAAACGACGGUUUGGGACAGUUGUGCGCAGCCCCAUGAUUGGCCUGAAUAAGAUGAUGGCCCAUCACGCAGAGGAGGCGCGAGAGUGGAUGAUCGAACGACUCGAAGUGCCAUCGGAUGCAGAUAUGACAACUGAGGAGAAGUAA